CGGCGGGCUCCGAUUUGCUGGAUGAUGUUUUCUUCAACACAGAGGUGGACGAAAAAGUAGUUAGUGCUCUAGUCGGAUCCCUGGAGUGGGAGCUAACAGCAGCAGGUCACUGUAACACAACGGCUAGGGUCCACUCUGCAGCAAAUCACGUCGGCAACUCAGCUGUAGGCAGUAAUUUCAGUGUUCAAGGCAACAAAAUGGGACUUUCACAACAAGAGCUUGCUAAAGCAGAUAGCUGCGCACUCCGGUUAGCUAACAUUAGCUAAUUUUGGUCACGUUGUUCAACUUCGCUUCACUUGUGUGUCUCCCGAAACUGUUGCGAGUCAGAGAGUUGUUUGACACCUCACUUGUUUUCAUGUGUUUCCGCUGCUAUACGGCCAGGAGUGCAAUGAGGUGUCGGUAACAGCGAGGGCUCCCACGGUUCAAGCAUGGAUGGGGCAGCCGGGAUCACAUCGGCGGCGGCACCGAGUGUGACAGCUGCUCAGAGUCCGUCAAAGCCGGGUGCAGCUGGCGGAGUUGUUAUGGUGGUACCAGACGCGACAUCUGCUGUUGGGAAACCUGGAGUGACUGGUGUUCAAACUUUGAAUGGAAGCGCGGUGGUGAUGAGCUGUCAUAUCCCCAGAAUUGGACCUGCAGACAGCAACAGCUCGCAGCCCGCUGUCACGCUUGUCAGCAACGGACCUGUUUCUGUGAGCAAAGGAGGCGCAACGGUUUUGUCUGCGACACCGAGUACUAUUAUUCGAACUACUUUGAGUGCGCAAAAUGCUGUGACUUCCUCUGUGAUUUCGUCUCAGCCCUCUGCGAAAACUGUACCCACAGUCACGCUUGUGAGGCCACCUAUGCAAAGUCCCACCAACACUUCACACAGCGCAGGCAAUCCAUCCACAGUUUUAACAACACCGGCCGUCAGUGUGACAAGUACGGCUGGUGCCCACGUCGUGGUUUCAGCUGUUGCGACAGGGACGACAGCGACUAUGAGGAGCCCGACUGUUUUGCAAAACUUGAGGACUUCUGUACCGUCAACAAUCGCUGCCUCUCCUCCGGGUGGAAUACGUGCUAUUGCUCCACAGGUUUUGGCUCCUCGACUCACUCAGCCUCAACAAAACGCCACAAAUAUCCAAAACAUUCAGCUCCCUGCAGGCAUGGUCCUGGUUCGCAGUGAGAGUGGGCAGCUGCUGAUGAUUCACCAGCAGACUUUGGCUCAGAUGCAGGCUCAGUCCCAGUCACAAAGCGCCAUGGCAUCAAGACCUGCAGCCCCCACCAGCACUCCACCUGUCCAGAUCACUUCUCUACAGGCUCCAGGUGCAUCACUGUUGGCUCGUCCAGUUACCCCCACCACCAUCAUUAAACAAGGUUCCACAGUCCAAACGACUGUGACAGCCACCACCACGCUGCAGAGGCCUCCUGUGCUUCAGAACACCAUCAUGAUGGGAGGAACUGCCAGUGCCACGGGUCAGCCGCUUGGAACACCCACCACAGUGCAGCCUGGAUCUGCAGCCACAGCAGUAACACAGAGGGUGGGGCCCUUUGGGGCCACUGGGACCCCUGUCGCUCCGAUAGCUAUCACAGCUGAAACACUGGAGAAUGUGAAAAAGUGUAGAAACUUUCUGUCCACACUGAUCAAGCUGGCAUCCAGUGGAAAACAGUCCUCUGAGACUACGGCCAACGUCAAGGAGCUCGUCAAGAACCUGCUGGAAGCAAAGAUAGAGCCUGAAGAUUUCACCAGUAGAUUAUACCGGGAGCUCAACUCCUCACCGCAGCCGUACCUUGUACCUUUCCUCAAGAGAAGUCUCCCAGCACUGCGUCAGAUGACCCCAGACUCAGAGGCCUUUAUCAAGGAAAGCCUGCUGGCUCAGCCGAGCACUCAGCCUGCUGCGGCAGCUUCCACGGCGCUCACUGCCGUAGUUCUGCGACCUCCUCUGUCCACCGCCAUCACUACAGCCACCAGCACUGCCACGACCAAAACAACAGUUAUCAGCCUCACUCAGACACCUCACAGUAAACCUGGACUGAUAGUGCCUCAGCAACAGGGGACCAUGGUGAGGCCGCAAGUGACGCUGGCUCAGUCUCCCAUGGUAACACUCAGAGGACAAACCCAUAGCCGCAUCAUUGUGGGCCAGCCACAGGUGGUCAAACAGCUACAAACAGUUCCAGCAGUAAAGCAGACGUUGGCUCCAGGGGCCAAAACAGUACAAGUACUCAGUCAGGCUUCUCUCACUGCUGCUCAGAAGAACAAGCUGAAGGAAGCUGGAGGGGGAACUUUCAGGGAUGACGAUGAUAUCAACGACGUGGCCUCCAUGGCAGGAGUCAACUUGUCAGAGGAGAGUGCCCGUAUCUUAGCAACCAACUCUGAGCUUGUUGGCAUAGUGACUCGUUCCUGUAAGGACGAGACCUUCCUCUCCACCUCUUCACUCACCCGGAUGGCCCUGGAGAUUGGUAAGAAGUUUGGUGUCAGUGAGUUGGGCACAGAUGUGAUCAACUACAUUUCCCACGCUACACAGCAGCGACUACAAAACCUCCUGGAAAAAGUGUCACAAGUGGCACAGCAGAGGAACGUAACCUUCAAGGAGGACAACCGGAGUGAGCAGGUCAGCGAUGUGCGAACUCAGCUCAAAUUCUUUGAGGAGCUGGAUCAGAUGGAGAAGCAAAGGAAGGAAGAGCAGGAGAGAGAGAUCCUCUUGAAGGCUGCCAAGUCUCGGUCACGGCAAGAAGACCCAGAGCAGCUUCGACUGAAACAGAAGGCCAAAGAGAUGCAGCAGCAGGAGCUGGCUCAGAUCAGACAGAGAGAAGCCAACCUAACAGCACUGGCAGCAAUUGGCCCGAGGAAAAAACGGAAAAUGGACUCUCCUCUUAGGGGUGCCAGUGCAGAGGGCUCAGGGUCAGGCCCCUCCCAACCUGGAGGCUCCGGUGGAACAGGCUCCAGACAGUUUAUGCGACAGCGCAUCACUAGAGUGAACCUCAGGGACCUGCUCUUCUGUCUGGAGAAUGAAAAGGGGACCAGUCACUCACACCUGCUCUAUAAAGGCUUCCUCAAAUAGCGCUAUUUUAAAAUGACUAGUCUCGCUCAGCUCAGUGGCAUUAAGGAAACAGAGUUGACCGUCAGCUCAGACCCUUCCUGCCGGUACUUUCUUUGAUCACCCACUGCUGAAUUAUGAGACAUCUGUCUGUGGGAAGAGAAUUAUCUAGAACACUGAGGAGACGUCAGCUUUUAAAAGCCUCUUCAAGCACAGGCCUUUUGUAUUUUCGGCGCAGAGAUGGAGCAAAUAUUGGAACUUGGCCCUGAUUUCAGUGUGCCUCUCAGCUCAGUUUGCUCUUCAGAGACCAGUUGCAACCAACCACACUUCACUCAUGCACUGCCUCAUGCUGCACACAAGAAAAAUGUCUUUAACUGAACUGAGCACUUCAGAUUUGAAAUCCUUGUCAGUGUCAUUGCAGUGACAUCUGUGUUGUAGCAGCAAAUCUCUUUGAAGUGUUCAGUAAACACUCUGUUUAUUUAAGUCCUUAACAGAGAUUUUAAUUUAUCACACAUUUAUACUAUAUUUUAGCAAUGCCUGUGGAUUGUUUUACAGAGACUAAUCUUGACUAGUCUUGUCAUCUGCUGAGUUGCCUUCUUAACAAUUUAAGCCAUAUGGAUUAGAAUGUGUUGAUCAAGUAAUUUCAUUUAUCCAGCAGUUCUCUCCAGAUUUGUAGGAUGAGUGCUUUGUUGUUCGCUUCUUUUGUUUGUCUUUGCUUGAUUGGAAACUGAACUGAUUAUUUAUGUGUUGUGCAUGGUGUACGGGGGGUAUUAGAGCUCUCGCCAUAGGGUUUUUUAUGGUGAGAGUUCCUGACAGUGGUUGUUAAAUCCACUUGUUUCCAGAUUCUAGCACAUUUACUAUUCAAACUUUACAUCGUUUAAAUUGUGUUGAGGUUUUUUUCCUCAACUCCCCAGUCACAGCAAGUGUCUAUUAGUUUCUUUAGUGACAAUUAAACACAAAAGAACUUAAUCCCAACAGAGCAUCCUCUCCAAAGCCAGUCACCACUGUAUCGUCUGCAGGUUUUCUGGUGUGUUCAAUGUAGUAGUAGCAGCAAGCUCAUAGUCUGCAGAUUUGGAAGAUCCAAAAACAAUGAACCAUUUGCAAUAUGAAAACAAAAAUGUGGAUUUGGCUUUGUUUCUUGAAUAUUGUCAUUAGGAAAUGGAGCUUUCCAGUCAUUUUACUGCCUUUUAUCAGUGUCAUCCAUAGAACUAAAAACUUUUGAAAUGAGAGUGUGCAAUAUUCCGUGCACAUAAUUUUUGGCUAAAUAUCUUUUGGCAGGAUGUUUACAGUGAUGGAUUGCCCUCUCAAACACAUUUUGUGCUUUGAUUUUUGUACCAUUAAAAUAAUGUAAAUAGUUGGAGAUCUAUAAGUAGGAUGCUCUAGUUUGAAAACUAAGGAGGUGUUUGUAACCUGAAGUAUCCAGACAGUGUAACAGUGUGAAUUUUAAAGAGGAGUCUGGAAAAAGUAACCAAAUUAAUAUUCCUGAUUGCAGCCGUUAAAGUGAAUCACAUUCUUCAACAAGUUGUAUGUCCACAUUUUUAUAUUUAUGAAUAAUGGAGAUCAUGUUGGAUAAACAUGAAAUGCAGAGCAAAAACUGCACUUUGACAGAUCAGUUUUCUAAAAUUGAGUCAAUCAGAUGAACAUACCCACUUUAUAACUUUUUAUAUUCUUAGUGCACAUAAUAAUUUUGGUCUUUAUACCUUUUGUCAUUUUAUGAAAAGAUGUUUAUUGGCAAAAUUUAUUACUGUAUAUACUUAAGUUUGCUAUUUGUAGAUCUCACAGCUGACAACUUUGAAUUUGAAAAGUCUUAUUUUUCAUGUAUAUAUGUGACAAAUGAGACAAAGAUAUGACGCUUUCUUGCCAAUGUCUUGUAAAUUUUGCACAGCUCUUUGUUUAUAUGUAAAUAUCUGAAUUUUUAAAAAAAAUGCUAUUUUAUAAUGGAUUGAGAGAGAAUGAUCUCUAUUAAAACAAACAAACAAAAAAUAAUAAAAUA